GAAAUCAGCGGUGGAGAAACGUUCAUUGAUUGUUUUCCACGGUCAGAGUUGACACGCUGGAGAUUUCAGGGCAGAGCGCGCCGGAGUUUUGGAGACGAAGUGCUGGACAUCCGCGAGAUUACCUCUUUAAGUCUAAUAGCCAGCGUGAAAAGGACAUUGUGUACAAUGAUGAUGACGUUAGCAGAGACGAAAGAAAUGUUCCGGUGUGCAGACGCAGUUUGCUUCGAUGUCGACAGCACGGUUAUACGGGAGGAGGGCAUCGAUGAGCUUGCCAAGUUCUGUGGAGUCGGUGAUGCAGUUACAGAGAUGACUCGAAAGGCCAUGGGGGGGUCAGUAACAUUCAAAACAGCCUUGACGGAGCGUCUGUCCAUUAUCAAGUGCUCAAGGGAACAAGUCAACAAACUGAUAACAGACCACCCUCCUCAGCUGACUCCAGGUAUUAAGGAGCUCGUGGAGAGGCUACAUCAGCGUAACGUGAAGGUCUUCCUCAUCUCUGGAGGCUUUCGCUGUAUUGUGGAGCACGUGGCCACUCAGCUGGGCAUUCCUCUUGACCACGUCUAUGCUAACCGCUUGAAAUUUUACUUCAACGGAGAAUAUGCAGGUUUCGAUGAGACUCAGCCUACAGCGGAGUCCGGAGGCAAGGGCAAAGUGAUCAGCCUGCUGAAGGAGAAGUACGGCUUCGAAAAAGUGGUGAUGAUCGGAGAUGGUGCUACAGACCUCGAGGCCUGCCCCCCCGCUAGCACUUUCAUUGGAUUCGGGGGCAACGUUGUCCGGCAGCAGGUGAAGGACAAGUCCUCUUGGUACGUCACAAGUUUUGGGGAGCUGCUAAAGGAACUCGAGAAGAUUUAGUGAAUUUAUCUCUGCACAUUGUGAAACAUUUCACCAUCACCAGCUUUGCGCCUUUCUACUCACUUUUUGUUGUUUUUUUUACUUAUUGCACAAUUUUCUAAUUUUAAUAUCUCUGGGUUUUAGUAUU